ACGGAGUCAACAUCACAUACCUCUCUUAAGUGCGACAUUGUUGCAGGAAGACACAUCCCAAAGCCGAGCAGAGUGCGGUCAGUGAUCGGCGCAGCGCUCCGCCCCUUGCACGCCCCGUUCUGUCAUGAGCGAUGAUUUUGAGCGCGUCAACGUCCGCACGCGACCUCGACGGCGCAGUCGCAGCAGCGGCGCCGUCUUAAACACCCCCGUUACUGCAUCACCCGCUGAAUCCACACCCACCCCGAACACCGGUAUCAGCAACGGAGAGCGGACGCUACUGCCCAGUGACGUCAUGGAGCUUCGACGCAGCGCUUCAGCAGAUCACGUGGUGGGUUCUGGAAGACGUCUCAGUCGCUCAGGCUUUAAUCCGUUCAGCCAGAGCGGGGGUUUGAGCUCUUCCUUCCGUCUAAACAGCGCAGGCUCGAGUUUCCGCGCCGGUGCAGGUGUUCCAGUAUCGUCUUCGGCUCUCCGUAGCCACGCGAGCUUCUUGAUGAUGGAUAUUGAUUCAGCCAGACAGUCGGUGGACGCUCAUACUCGAGCCUUGAGCUUUGAUGAUGAAGACGUGAUGUCGGACGGUGGAAGACUUACUAGGAACAUGCUGGGAGACUCAACGAGUGGGAGCACUGGUUCUGAGAGAUACAGAAGAGCAUCGUCGUUGGAUUCGAGUCCGCCAUUGCCACCGGAUAGCACCAUAUCGGCCGAGGAGGUGAUUCGAGAGAGUAUGGCAAGUGCACUGAGCUCGUCAUUGUAUACAGACAAAGACGAGUUUUUAUUGCCACAUCAACGACGGUCGAACGCUGUGGGUGGGAACCUGAAUUUGAGUAUGGCUGGGACAGUAAGCGAGCGAGACUCACUGGCCAUGUCGAGACAUUCGCGCGACAGUUUAGCAUUUUCAUUUUCAAGUCGAAGCACGUUCAGGAGGAGUACGAUAUCAGAGCAGAUGCUGUACGAGACGGACUUAUUUGAACCGGAACGUGAACUGAGUGCAAGGGAAUUGUCGGAGGUGCUGAGUGGAUCGGACGAAGAUGUCAAUAGCUAUGAAGUCACCAGCAUAAAGGAGGAAGAGGAGGACGUCAAGCUUGAAAACGCCAAGUCUCGGUGGGCACAGCACGUCAAACUCAAGGCUCGGAGCUUUCUCUACUCUACAGUGGCAGGCAAUAAAAAUGGAGCUUCGGGUUCUAGCAAUGGCGCGGUGACUUCGACAGCACCGACGUCAGCCGAGAUUUGGGCGAACAAACAGAAGCAGAUUCUUGCGCAAAUGAGCAGUGGCAGUGGGUUUGGAGCCAUCUCGGGCACCUCGUCGGCUGCAUCUUCAUCUUCAACACAUCACCAUUCAAUUUUACCUCCUUUGCCAUCCUUUGGACAGAACUCGAAUGGUGGCGCCAAGUUUCAGAAGUGGAAUCGAUGGAUGCACGACCAGUAUCAGCACAAUUUCGGCAAAGUAAUGCAGCGUGCCUUCAAGGAUGAGGUUUUACAGCGGCAGCAACAACAAUUUGCUUUCCCAACGCACCAGCCAACACCAGACCCGACUGCACUUAUUUCAAUCGAGGAAGUUAUCAGCAACCCGAGGAUGAUGCGCUACUAUGCAGCGUGGUUACCUGAUCCUGCAGACCAGAGUAAAUUAUUCUUCCUGUGUUCGUUUGAAGAAUACCGGCAGUUUUGGUGUACGUUGCGUGCAAAUUAUCAGAAGAAACCUUUCGCGAAGGAUGACGUGCUCAUGUUACGCACGUACGGCGUCAAAAUCGCGAUGAAAUACUUGGCGAAAAACGCGCAGUUUCCGAUAAACGGUAGUGCUGAUGCAGACGGUGGGAGUGACGAGCCUCCAAUCGUGGACUCCAACAAGUUGCGGUCCAUUAAACGCGAUCUGGCGGCUGGAGGUGAAGAUGCUUUACGCACUUUUGACGACGUUGCUGUGAAAGUUAAACGGGUGCUUAUGUUCAAGUUUCCUGAGUUUCGCAAGACCGAGCUUUACGCGGAGAUGCAGAAGACUGUGGAGCGUGAAGUCAUAUGCCUUGAAGACAUCCUGAUGAACCACCGUUUCGCCAAUUUCUUCUGGAUAUUCCUUUUUCCGCACAAUUAUCAUCGCGAAAUUGCGCUGUGGCUAGAUGUCGAGUAUGAAUUCAAGCCAGCCUUCCGCAUUUACAUGUCGCUGCUCAAGUCUAGUGGCAGCUCCAGAAGUGCCGCUUUAUCGAGCAGUACCACUAAUCAGCGUCGUGAGCGAAUAGAGCAGGCUGCGUAUCGCUGCCGAAGGUUGCUCAAGUAUAUUUCACAAAAGUAUUACGCUGGGGACGCUGAGAUGCAGACUUUAUCACGCACACUGGUGACGUCCUGUGCUCGACUACAAGCCGAACAAGACGCCAUUCUGACCAAGUUUAGCCUCAUUCACUUGGAGUUGUAUCAUCGCUUCCUAACGAGUCGAGCUUACGCUGAGUUCGCGUUGUAUCCGAAGCUGUCACCUGAAGACGAGAAGGACUCCAUCGACGAUUCCAUGCGGCUAUCAGCGCUACUUUUAAGCUACGGCUUACGUGCACAUCAUUGGGCUGGUGGUUCGAGCUCCUCGUCAUCUAACGGGUCAACGUCGGCAUCGUCAUCCAAUGCUCGCGAUGAAACCUCAGCGCCAAAGAAGAAGUCUCUGGACUCGCUUCGUACUGCGCGAAGCUUUGAAGCCAUCUCUGGUGUACUCACCUUUGACGCCGUAGCCGUCCUUGUAACAGCUGAAGAGGCAGAGAACGAUACCGACGAAAAUGGCAGCGGAGUGUUUGAAGACCCGAUCGAGCUGCAGGUAGUACAACACCCAUUGCCACAUGAUCCGACACCUCACGUCGUGGACAAAUCUGUGGAGAAUUUCCUCGUACCGUGGAGUGCAGACCCCAGGCAUGUGGUACUUACAGCACCGUCCUGUCCAGCGCCGCUGGCGUUUAACUUUCGCAUGGGUGACAGCAGUGCUGGCGCCUCAGCUGCUGAAUUAUUUGCAGCCUGUGUGGUUUUGUAUAAGCCAGCUCCUCCACUAUCUCGACGUGCUCUCGAGAGCUCGCGACUAGAUUCUAAGAGUGGAUGUCGAUGGAUCCCGUAUGGAGUGUGCGUGUUGUCGAAGUUUCCGAUGGUGGAUCUGCUUCGAGAGCGUCUUGCGGAAGCGUACGAGUUUAUUCUUGAGCUGGAGACGAUCGCUGCAGCCAACAGCGACGGCAAAGAAACGAUUCCUCAUAAUGGAGAGCAUGGCUUUCAGCUUGACAAGAAGGUUCUAGCCAAGUUGACCCGUUCCGUGUCAAAGGAACACAUCUCGCAGUAUCACCAGCCAUCACCGCUUCCGGAGUCACCGCUUCUUGAGGCGUCAGGGUUAACACCGAAAGCCACAGCCGCUUCGUUGCUUGCUGCGCUUCCGCGUCUGGAUCACUCAGUGCGUCUCUUAUUCGACACACUGGACGUCUCCACUGUUCUUCUUGUAUUCACCGCAGCAUUAUUGGAGAACCGGAUCCUGUUGGUGUCGUCAUAUCUGUCGGUGCUUAUGAAGGUUGGCGAGUCCUUGCGAGCUCUAAUGCACCCGUUGUCGUGGCCGCAUGUGUAUCUACCAGUGCUUCCUCGACGACUGCUGCAGUAUCUCGAGUGUCCGACGCCCUUUAUCUUUGGUGCUGAGAAGCAAGCGCUUGAUGAUGCCCAACGUCAGUUGAUUGAGGAAGGUGGCGAUGAUCUUUUUGCUGGAGCUGGAGAGGAACUGUUAGUCGUGGACUUGGACAAGGGAGCUGUGCUACGUGGAGAAGUGCCCUGUGCUCUUCCAGACAGCGUACGGUUUGAUCUGCGCGACGCAUUGUACGAAUGCCUCAAGCCGAACGUGAGUCGUAGUGACCAUGUGUUUGCCCACCACUUCCCAAGCAAACCUCUGGUCUUUCCGGAGGUUGCAGUCCGUGGAUUAUUCCUCCGAGCUGUCAACAAACUCAUUGGAGACUUCGGCUAUCACCGCUAUGUUUGGACGGACGAGUUUGCUCGUAAACGCACCGUCUUCUUCGAUGAAGCCAGCUAUCUUGCAGCCUCCACGCCCGAGAUGCGUGAGUUCCGAACACUGUUUAUCGCCACGCAAGCCUUCUCGGAAUUUGCAGUGACGCAUCAUGGAUUUGAGGAGCAGCCAGGUCAGAAUUGCACGGGAGCUUCAAGGUCUUCUACGACGUCAUCGUCAUCCUCUGUAUCAUCGCUGCCGCGAAAAUAAGCCUGGAGUAUGUGUGAAAAAUGAUUCGUAGUGUGUUGUGCUUCCAGAAGGACGAAGGGGGAGCAUAGAACUUAUAUGUACGUGAUGUGACCGAAACAAAUUUGAUAUUUACUGUCGACCUCUCUGCUUUUGUUGGAUAGUAUUCCUCAAGGACGACGGAGCACGGAUGCCAGUAGAGUUGUGGCUGCUAGCAAUCCAAAGACCGUGACAGGCGCUGUUAAAGCAGGCAUCCACGCCUUCUUCGGCUCUGCAGCACUAACUGGCGUUGCGCUGGAAGCCUGUGGCUCAUGUUGUCGGUAGCGUGCCAUCUCCUUGUCAAUGAUGGUGUAGAGAAUUGCUGCUACUCGGCGGCCACUGUGCUUGAGCAUCGGUGCUUUCUUCCACUCACGCGUCACAUGACCGGCUACAAGAUCUUCUUGGAACGUUUGACCUUGAAGCAGCACGGGGUGUUUACUGGCUGCCAUUUCAUGGGUAGGCAGCAGCAACUCCUCACCGCGUUCCACAUAAGGUGCAAGUACAUCAUCCGGUGGCUGGGUGUUGUUCGCGAUGACAUAGUCGAUAGCAUUCGCACCAAGAUAAGUGGAAAGCACUUCCAGCGUCUUCUCCAACGUGUAGCCAUCUGUCUGGCCGUUCUGCGUGGUCACGUUGCUCACGUAUACGGUAGCCCCUGCACUGCGUGCGAUAGCAUCACGAAUGCCAGGAACCAGUAGCGUAGCGAUAAUGGAAGUGUAGAAACCACCGGGACUCAGAAUGAUGAUGUCGGCGUCCUCGAUGGCACGCACUGCAGGCUGGAAGGCUUCAACAUUCGGGUUCUCCAGGUACACACGGUUGAUCGGCACUUUCUUGAUCUUCUGUUCAGGUUUGGGAGGUGUUGCUGGUGGCGAUCCACUUGAGCUGCUUGUUGAUGAACUGGAGCCUGAAUGAGGCUCUUCCUUUUCGUCUGGCAUGAAGGGGCUACGUACAUUAACCUCCGAGACAACAGUGGAUCCAUCAAUGAGUUCGGCGCACAACUCGGUACUUUCGAGUGUGGCUGGUAGCACAGACCCAUGGAUGUUGAGAAUGUCGGAGACUGACGAGAUAGCGCGAUCGAAACCACCUUGUAGAUCAGUCAGCGCUGCCAGCAAUAGGUUACCCAAGCUACACCCUUCCAUGAAGUUAUCACGGAAUCGGUAGUUCAUCAACUUGCUCAACAGUUCAUCUACACAGACAGGAAAAUAUAUCGUGAAUACGUAGCGUACAAUUCAUAGAGAUAAUGCAGUACGAACCGGAGUCGGACAGUGCCACGAGACAAUUGCGAAUAUCGCCGGGUGGAAGGAUACCAAGGUACUUGCGAAGAGCACCAGAGUGGCGACCUGAGUCGAAUACUACAAAGAAAGUGAGUAAGAAUAAAAUGGUUCACUCUGACGUAACUACAAUACGAGUGCAAACCUGUG